GAGUUCCGGCGAGCGGUGCUUAAGGAGGGAGGGAGCGGCGUUUAAUCGCUUUUUGGUUCGGCAAGGAGAGCCGGUGCUGACGGACGGCGAUGGCUGCGCUGAAGUACGCCGGUUUGGACGACACCGACAGCGACGAGGAGCUGCCGCCUGGCUGGGAGGAGCGGACCACUAAGGACGGCUGGGUCUAUUACGCCAAUCACCUGGAAGAGAGGACUCAGUGGGACCAUCCCAAAUCUGGAAAACGGAAGCGUGUGGCAGGAGAUUUACCAUAUGGGUGGGAGCAAGAAACUGAUGAAAACGGACAACUCUAUUUCGUUGACCAUAUAAACAAAAGGACAACUCACCUUGACCCGCGACUGGCGUUCACCGUGGAAGAGAAUCCGAUGAAACCCAGUGCCAAGCAGAAGUAUGAUGGAAACACCACAGCGAUGGAAAUUCUACAGGGGCGAGAUAUGAGUGGAAAAGUGAUCGUCAUUACCGGAGCAAACGCAGGAAUAGGCUUUGAAACAGCAAAGUCCUUUGCACUUCAUGGAGCUCAUGUUAUCCUGGCCUGCCGGAAUAUGGUGAAAGCUAAUGAGGCCGUGCAGAGUAUCUUGGAAGAAUGGCACAAAGCCAAGGUAGAAGCAAUGUCCUUGGACCUUGCAUCUCUUCGAAGCGUACAGGAGUUUGCCGAAGCGUUCAAAUCCAAGAAUAUCCUUCUCCAUGUGCUGAUCUGCAAUGCGGGUGUCUUUGCUGUUCCUUGGAAGUUGACUGAAGAUGACCUGGAGACCACCUUCCAGACCAAUCACCUGGGACACUUUUAUCUGAUUCAGCUCCUCAAAGAUGUCCUCUGUCGCUCAGCUCCUGCACGAGUUGUGAUAGUGUCGUCCGAAUCACACAGGUUCACGGACAUUAAUGACUGCUCCGGAAAACUUGACUUGAACCUGCUUUCUCCGGCUAAGAAAGACUACUGGGCUAUGUUAGCUUACAAUCGGUCGAAGCUGUGCAACAUUCUGGUGUCCAACGAGCUCAACCGCCGCCUUUCUUCCCGUGGGGUGACAUCGAAUGCAUUGCAUCCUGGGUCUAUGAUGUAUUCAUCGCUGCAUCACAGCUGGUGGGUGUACACCCUGCUGUUUUUUUUGGCUCGUCCUUUUACAAAGUCCAUGCAACAAGGAGCCGCCACCUCUGUCUACUGCGCUUGUGCCCCUGAGCUAGAAGGCCUGGGAGGGAUGUAUUUCAACAACUGCUGCCGUUGCGCACCAUCUCAAGAGGCGGAGAAUGAGACAACUGCGGCGGCCUUGUGGGAGUUAAGUGAGAAGCUGAUCCAAGAUCGCGUCGGCAGCCCCGGCAAGUAACAAGAGCUGCUGGAAGGAUGGAAACUUAUCGAGUAUAGGUACUCCGGAAGAAAGGGAGAGGGAGGAGGAGGAGGAAGAGGGGGAAAAAGAGAAAAAUAAAAAUUGCCAACACUGGAACCUUUCCAGACCUAUAUCUAGAAGGUUACCUGUACAGCUUAGCUAGUGUUAUAUCAUAGCAGUUAUGACAUAGAGAGCAAUACUUUUAAAAAAGCAGGUUAGAGACUGGGGAGCAGGGUAGGGUUUGCAGACAGAAUAGCAUUGUCUGUCUUUAGGCCCGUGGUGGCGAACCUUUGGCACUCCAGAUGUUAUGGACUACAACUCCCAUCAGCCAAUUGGCCAUGCUGGCAGGGGCUGAUGGGAAUUGUACUCCAUAACAUCUGGAGUGCCAAAGGUUCACCACCACUGCUAGGCCUUCUGAAAGUAGUUGCUUUGAUUAUUCUCAGUUCAAAUGAUCUCAGAACAAUUUUUUAUGAAGGGGUUUUCAGGUGUACAUUUUCCCUUUCUUAGUGUGCAUCUUUAAAAAAAACCAUGAGAACACAUGUGAAAAAAAGCUUAUGACCCAGGUACAUUCACUGGGAGUUUCUGCGUAAUGUGUGAAUGGCACACAGUACCAUUUUAAGCACAGUGACACCCUUCAAGUCCUUCGAUAUCAGCAGUCUUACAGGGUGGAAUUCUACGUAAGAUGGCACUGUGGAUUUCCCGUCUGUUCAAAACCUUGUCUCAGACUCCAGGGGCUACCAUCUGGGUUUCACUCUGCAAUCUGGGCUUUGAGUUUUUGAUGAGGACCUCCCCUUGCCUGUGAUUCUGAUAACGGUUAACAUUUAGCAGGUAUGACAAAACCACCCGCAACUUUUAAAUAAUCAAAAAAGUCUCCUUGGCCGCAAAUAAAACUACCUUCCCAAGAAAGAGAAGGGGCCCAAAGUCCAGGUUACUCUGUUUCUAAUUAAAUAUAUUGCAGGAUUUCCUUAAAAUAUGAUAUUAAAAGGUACAUUUUCAAACCAUUCUCUAAAUAUUAUUGAGAUAAUGUUGUAUCUUUAUAAACAUAGAGGACGUAAUCAAUUGAAAGGGGUUCAAAUGUAUUCCAUUGAGUUCUUGGAUUACAGUUCUAAGGAAGGUUCAAUUCUAACAGAUGUCUCCAGUGUCCCAAGUUCUCUUGGCACUGUGUUCCAUUCAGUUUAUUUCUUUUUUUAAAAUUUAAAUGUAGUAAAAGAACAUGCUUGAAUAUUGUCACCUGAAGAGCAAGUCUGACUUGAUCCUGUGAAAGUUCCCGUGAAAGUUUUUUUUUAAGAAAAGAAAACUUGAGGAAAAAUAAAGAACUCUUCAAUGCCACGAAAAUGCCAUUUUUGUUGUUCUUCCUUUGUUCUGAAUUCAUUUGUCUGUGGGGAUUAUUUUGCUUGUGCUUUGUAGCUGUCUUCAUGCCAGAAAAUUGUUGUAAGCCAUCUGCAAUCCAGCGUCGGGUUUUCUGUAAGCAAAGAAACAAAUAAAAGAUGAUUACUACAA